AUGAGCAGGUAUGAUCUCUCUUUGCUAUCCCACACUUCUCAUGCAGGUACAGGUUCAUCACAAGGCCUUCCUACCGUGAUCACUCAUCAAUCAACUACAACAGCUCCAUCUGCAACACCCAUUAUUGUGCCAUCACAGCCACCUCCAUCGCCACCCUCUCCACCAGCUGUGCAGCAUGACGAACAAAGUAAUCACCCAGCUUCCCCAUCUCCAGGUGUCUCGUCUCCAGCAGUCAGUGACCAGCCCUCUCCUUCUCCACCAGGAGUCACUACUAGAGCUCAAGCAGAUGAGGAUUUGGGUCUUCACACGUAUAAGAGUAAAGUUAAUGAGUUGAAUAGGGAGAAUAUGGAUUUGUUCAACAAUAAUAUGAUCCUUUCCAAGAAGAAUAUGGAACUGGAGAAGGAGAACAUAUGUCUACAGAAGAAAUUGAUGAACCUCGAGGUGAUUGAAUAA